UCAUCUGUUUGGCUGGCAAAUGCCUCCGGUGUAACAAGCCCAUCAUUAUGGGAGACUCAGGACCCCAAGACUGGAUGGAGCCUGACCGACCGACCGCUGCCCUGAGCUCAUCGAGGCGCUUUAUACCGGGAUAAAAACAUUUCGUGUGUAUAUACAAUAAUAAACAGCCUGCCAGUGAGCUGCAGAGGAGGCGGUGUUUGCUGGAAUUCAAUCAGAGCCAGACUCGCGGCUGGUAGGUUAACGAGGAAAGAGGGACGUGAGGAAACUGGAAAGUCAGCAGUUUGCGAUCUAACUGGAUCCAGCUCGGAAUUGGGAGAAUGAUGGACGAAUUGUCGAUUACAAACCGGUCCGGUCAGCCCAACCCUGUCAGAGCAGGGUGGGUUCAUCCGGAGUGAAAUCAGUCGGCUCUUAUCUGUUGGCUUCUCCGCCGCCGGGCGGCGAUGUCCGCUUUCUGCCUAGACCUGCAGACGUCUGCCGUGGUUUCAGCACCACUGGAGCUGGACAGCGACUGCAUGGAGCCCCGGACCAGCCCCGCUGCUCACGAGCCCGGCGGCUUUCAGGGUCACCCGGGGCACGCCGGCUCCGGAGGCCUCGGCAUGGCCUUGGAGGAGGAACUGGCCAUGCUUACCGGGGAGCGCGACGACGAGGAGGGACUGGCGGACCUAGGGACGCCUGCGGUGGGGCAUAACGCAGACUUGCUAUCGCUCGUCCGUCAAAAGGAAAAAGACUUGGUUUUAGCUGCUAAACUCGGCAAAGCGCUGCUGGAGAGAAACCAAGACUUGACGAAGCAAUAUGAGAAAAUGCACAAAGAUCUCAACGAGAAAUUAGAGCACUUGGAGCAGGAGAAGCAUGAGUUGCGUCGGCGUCUGGAAAGUCGAGAGGGGGAGUGGGAGGGCCGUGUGGCCGAGCUGGAGACGGACGUCCAGCACUUGCAGGGUGAGCUGGAGCGCCACCAAGUCCAGCUGAGAGAGGCUGACAGAGACAAGACCAAGGCCAUCAGCGAGCUUUCUGAACAGAACCAUAGACUGCUGGAGCAACUCAGUAGGGCUGCAGAGGUGGAGAGGCAGCUGUCCACUCAGGUCCAUUCAUUACGGGACGACUUCAGGGAGAAGAGUAUGUCCACAAGCCAGCACAUGACGCGACUGGAGAAUCUACAGGCGGAGAUUAAGAUGCUGUCGGAGAGGAAGAUGGAGCUGGAACGCCGGGUGCACGCCAUGCUGGAGGAGAACGAGCUGCUGCAGAAUACGGUGGACGACCUCAGAGAGAGGACGCUGGUGUUUGAGAGGCAGUGUCACGAGAAGGACCUACAGUUGCGGCAGAGCCAGCUGGAGCUCCAGGAGGUUCAGAUGUCUCACAGGCAGCUGACUGCUCGGCUGGAGGAGUUGACGGAGGAGCACAGCCUCCAAAGCCUCACCCCGCACCCGUCUAGCCUGCUGUGUGAGAUAGAACAAAGCAUGGAGCAGGAGGAGCAGGAGCAGGAGAGAGAGCAGCUCCGUCUUCAGCUAUGGGAGGCCUACUGUGAAGUUCGAUCGCUCUGUUCCCAUCUACGGGGAAACGAUGUCACAGACUCGGCGCUGUCCACUGACUCUUCCAUGGACGAGUCCUCGGAGACGUCCUCAGCCAAGGAUGUGCCUACUGGGAGCCUCCACACCAGCCUGCUAGAGCUAAGGAGGCUAACACAGAAUCUCCUGGAUGGUAACGAGUCCACGGGCUCGCGGCGCAGUGAUGAGGAGGCUCUGGAGGAGCAGGUGAGGAAGCUGGGAGAGGAGCUGAGGGACGUCAGAGAGCUGUACGAAGCCGAGCAGGACAAAACACGCAGCAAUGAGGAGGAGGUGCUACAGCUGCACAAUCAGAUGGCGCUGCUCUCUGUAGAGAUGUGCUCUCUCCGGGAGGAGAAUGAGCGGAUGCAGACGAUGGCUGAAAUCCGAGAGCCGAGCGAGCAGCUCCAGAGUGCUAUCAGAGACAGAGACGACGCCAUAGCCAAGAAGAAAGCGGUGGAGAUGGAGCUGGCUAAAUGUAAAAUAGACAUAAUGUCUCUGAAUAGCCAGCUCCUAGACGCCAUCCAGCAGAAACUCAACCUGUCGCAGCAGCUGGAGGCUUGGCAGGAUGAUAUGCACAGAGUGAUUGACCAGCAGCUGAUGGACAAGUACCAGGACGAGUGGCGCUCGGCCCCUUCUUCCCUGUCGGGGUCGUCGAGGGCCCACGGCGGUCAGUCCUCCAGGCGAGCUCACCGCAUCUCUGACCGGGACAAGAGACUUUUCUCUUUUUUCAAAAAGAGCUGAGCUCCAUUGGACUGGCCCUGAGCACAGCAGACAGACAGAGACAGACGAGGCGAGGGAGAAAGAGGGGUGACAUCACAGUACGGGGGUAACAACACAGCCAAAGACGGGCAGUCGCACACACUGAGGUUUGGGAGGGGGGGGGUCAUUUUGCACUUUAUCUGUCCCAUUACUCUUCUCCUCGCUGACUAAUUGGUGACACUGAGCGAUAGAAAUGUAAGAAUAGGACUUCCCCAGAGGCUUUGCCUUCAGUCCCUCUCAAAGAAAGUUAUCGGUCUUACAGAACAUGAACAGGGUCACAAAGUUUACCUCCAAAGAGGAAGGUUUCCUUGUAGUGCCUACGACUAUCUCUACUAGCCCACUGCCAACUUUGUAGAGAGGGAACACUAUGUAACUGUUACUGUAUGCAUCCCAGUUAUCAGGCCAAGGAGUCUGGGGAAAGACAUUGCAGGGUUGUGGGAAAAGAUGAGGAUAGUAAGACAGAGCUGUACGUCAGAAUAUGAUGAUCCAUCCUCUGGGUGGAGAGCAAUGAUGCUCAGCCGGACCAUAUGUGAUCUCUCAGGUUUAUUCAUUUGUUCAGGGGAUGUUCAAAACAUGAGUCAACAGCUUGAUAUAUCAGGACCAUAGUGUGCUAUAUAUCUGACAAAACAAGUGACACAAAGAACGCUCAGUUUCUUAUUGACAGCCAUGCAGUUUUUUUUUAUUUCAGUGAGAAUUUACCAUUUUUAAAGCCCCAGGCCCGAACUUCCAAUAAAAAAGAUGAAUACUUUUAAAGGGAUACUCCAAUGAUUUAGUCAUAAAGUUUUGGGACUCACAAUAGAUGUAUUACAGCUGCAUCAAACAAUAUAUGUAAUAUUUUUAUAUAAACAAUGGAACAGUCCCAGCAGGAUUUCGCAGGAUUUCAAAGGAUUGUUGCGACCUGAAAAUGCCUGAUUUUGCAGCAGUUGCGAUGUUUUGGUGCAUUUUUGUGCGAUGAAAUUGUAGAAAUGAGUGAAAACUGCAAAAGUGUGAUUUUGAACUUUAGAAAUAUAGUUGAAUCAUUAAAUGGUCCUUAACCCUUACCCUGCAUAUUUAAAUCAGCUUACCUUGAUUCUUUUAUCGCUUGCAGUUGACCGCGAUGCAGCACCCUCGUCUGGCGUACUCCAUGAGUUUCUGCCAUUCUCCCUGUAUGUUUUGCGGUGGCAAAGAGUUUCCUUUUAUGUUCGACCACAAUACUUUUGAAAAACAGUUUUCCCCCGCUUUGGUACAGCAGAUCUGGAUACUUUUUUUCACGGACCUUUGCUGUUUUUGUAGGCAAAUAUGAGAUGUUGGUAUCACACAUACAUCUCUACUGCGUCUUGUAAACAAGGAAGUGAGUUUUUUGACAUAGGUCAAAUUUGCUGAAAAGUUGCGGUGAUUGAUCAAAAAAGCAAGUCGCGCUGAAUUCACUGGGAUUUGUUAAAUUUGUGUUAAUAGUUCUGAUCAAAUAACUGUGUGUAAUGUGAAAGGGGUCACUCAUAGUCUAACCUACAGAAAAUUAUCCCCUGACUCUGCAGUUCCACUCUUUUAGCCCAUAGUUUUGGUUUUACGGCCCACACCUUUCCUGUUUCGGUUCAGUCUCACUGCUCUCUUCAACCCUGUUUUCAGCAGCAAGCAGCUGUCUGAUAAACUGUACCUGCUCAGCAACAAACCUUAAAAUGACUGCUAAUGUUGUACCAACAAUAUUUAGUUCAAUCAUCAAUCAAUCAGUGCAGCUUUAAAAAAAAUCAAAUUCAAAGCAGCAGAAACUGAUACAUUGUGACUUUUAGUCUCCAAACCAAGUUCCAAAAACAAUGGAUCCUACAUUUCCCAUAAUGCAACAAGUGCUCUUUUCAUUAGACUCUUCCCGCCAUAUUCCAGAAGCCCAGUUUGUCACACAGGUUUUCUGUUAUAUAUAUGUAGUCUCAAAGCUUAAGUUCAGAGACUUUACAAAGCUCCUCCGAUGACUACAAACUUUUAUGAGUAAAAUCAGUGGAGUUUCCCUUUAAAACUGUACUCAUGUUUGUCCCCCAAAAGUAAUGGCGCAUAUCACUAUGGUUAAGUUUCAUUUACCAUAAUGAAGUAAAACAGAAUCAGCUUGAGCAGGACAAGAGGAUCCUUAAAUUGAGUGUCACGUCUGUAUGAGGCCUUCACUUUCAUCUCCAACAUCUGAAUAAACCUGACUGAAGUUAGUCAUAUAAUUUUUCCACAGUUUGCGUUCAAUUUAUGAAAACUUUUAUUUUUCAAAGAGAAAGGCGCUGUCCAACAUUCUCCUCAUGAUGUCAAUCACCUUCCUAGUUGACCAAAUUUUCAAAAUGUUUACAUCAGCAUGGGAAGGAGGAAGGACUACGUAGAUUGCUCAUCAACUCUCCAAGUCACUCAAUCCAGCUCCACAAUAACCUGUUGAACUUUCUGUCAUUAAAAGGCACAUCUGUGCAGAAACUCCACUGAACUUCCUCUGCAGUGGUCAACAUCUGAGCUACUUUGGUUCAACACCAAUAGAAAAGGUCUACCUCCAUUCUCAUUGCUUCAAUACUUCAUGGGCACUUUAAUUUCUUAGCUGCCGGGCUUCCGUUUUAGGUGACAUACAGUAUCUGUGACUCCAUUGAUUAUACAGAACAUGUUGACCUGAAAUCUCUGAGCAUCGAUGACUUACAGUGUGGCACAGUGAUGUCUCAUGUCUGUCUGUGUUUGUACUCAUGUCUAAUGCAACUGUGCAAACCUAUGCAGGUGUCUUCUUGUCAUCUCAGCUGGUUGUUGGGAAGGAUCAACCCAAAGAAUGAUUUUUAUAACAAGUCGAAUAGGUUUGGACGAAAUCGAUAUAUUUAUAAGAAAAAAUGCAUACCUUUUGAAUGAAAAUCUUUUUUUAGAGAGAAAUAUACCCGUACAUUGUAAUUUCUAGGCAGUUUUUUCAUGUGUGUCCUAACCGUGAGCAGGAAUUAUCACUCAUAUGUAUGUUUAUUUGACCGUUUGGGUUUGGCAUGCAGUGGAGUUGCCCAGAGAUUCAUGAGUCCUUCUGAGUUUCACCCAAAUAAUUCACCUAUAUGACAAAUAAUUUAAGAAGCCUCAUGAAUCUCCAAUUAAUCCAAGAGUGUCCAACUCUUGAUAAUACUUCCUGAUAAGUCACCCUUUCUAAACAGUUUAAAAACUAUAAUUAAUAGGUUUUUUUAACUGUUAAGAAAUAGUUCACUAAUGCUUUAUAGAUAUAUUCUUCAUUAAAUCAAUUCCUCUGUGACACAUCCACCAAUGUUUCCUUGAGCAAGAUUUAACCCCUAGUUGCUCCAGAGAAGGUGCGACCUCUGACAUAUAUAGCAAUUGUAAGUCGCUUUGUCAGGUAAAUGGCAUAUUAUUAUUAUUAAUUCUAAGCCAUUAAUUAGAAAAACCUUUGGGUUGCCAGGUUGUAAAAAAUAUUUCUGGCUGUUACAUCAUUGAAGGAGUUGUUAAAGGAGUAGUUAGACAUUUUUGGGAAUACAUUUACUUGCUUUCUAGCAUAAAGUAAGGUUACAGCCAGAAAGCGAAAUAAAGGUAUUCCCAAAAAUGUCAAACGAUUACUUUAAUAGUUUAUAAAGGGCAUUAAAUGUCAAAUGCAGUAAUAAACAUUAAUAAAUCAUUGAUAAAGAGUCAAGUUUCUCACUUUCUAAUGAACCAACAGCAAAAGUCAGGAAAUCAUCUGUAAAUAAUAUAAAUGUUAAUGAGAUAAGUUAUAGACUGGACAAAAAUCUGCACUUGUAAAUAAAUCGUUAAUAAAUUCAUUUUGGUCCUUUCCCAGGAGGUCAGAGGUCAAACAAUGUAUUGUAUGAGUCUUCCUGAUGAGUUAAAGAGCUAAAAAGACAAACCACAAGCCCUUCUGAUUGAGGAUAAACACCAGCCAUAGAGAUUUCCGCAACUUGGAAACCCCAAGAUUAAUUUUUUUUGGUUAACGAGGAAAGCCUCAUUGAUAUUAAGAUUCUCUUUUUCACUAGUUUCCCAGAUAGGCAGCACUAACCAUGAGUAACAGAGAAACGAGGGUGACACAAAAAAAUAUGUCAGUGUGUUAAGCAGAAAAGUAAUGUGAUUUCUUCCUAAAAGCAAUCAAAAUGUCAACUUAAAACAACGCAAAAGGGAAUGUAUGUAAGCACAAAAUUCAAAACAAUAUGUCAUCAAGAUUCUAAAACACCUCAAAACAUCUACAGCCAGAAGAGAGAACACCAGUUUCUGCAGCAAGAGAGCAAAUUUUGCAGUGUUAAUUUUAAGAGCAUUAUGUUCCAGGCAUUAGUUAAUGAUUUAUUAACCAUUAGUAAAGCCAUUAAAAACUCUGUCUAAAGGGUGACUUAUUAGAAAGUUCUUUCGCUGCGAUCCUGUCUGAAGGGACGUGAGCAGAAACAUGUUCCUCUUCCAGGCAGAAAUAUAUGAAAAGUGUGAAAGUGGGUGGAUUCUAAAGCGGAACCUUCAGGAUCUUUGUGUUUGGAGUUUGGGACUCCCUUCCAUUUGCUGAUCGACAGAUGAGAAUCCCAGCUGCCUGCAGCAAGCUUGGAUUAAACUCACUCCUACCAUGACCAGACACCAAUUUGUCCUGCUUCAUGUUACAUUUUAGUUAGAAAAACUGUAACAUAUUUGGUUCUGUCCACUUUUUGUCCUAACUCCUGUUUCUGUUUCUUGUUUGACUCUUUGUAUUGGUCAAGACUAUCGCUGUACUGAUUCAUUUUCCAAUCUGAAGCAUUUUUAAAACGCCGUCUGCUGCGUGUUUCUGUGCUAAACAUCCUGAUGUUGCCGUGGGUCGAGCGUGUGUUGCAGUGACAGACAGACAUGCUAUUGAGUGUGUUUCCUGUUGCUUGUCUCCGCUUGGUCGGAUGUUGUUUUGGAAUUUAGUGCUAUCGGUGGGCUCAUUGUGCUCCGUGUGAGUGCUUCCAUUCACCACUUACGGCACUUCAGUUACAGAAUGCUUCAAACUAUUCAAAAUAUUUAUCAUGCAAUUUUCUUAGCAUUUUGGGGAUUUUUUGUACAAAUAAAUACUUUACAAUCUG